CUUUGUUGGAUGCUGAAUAUAUGGAAUGUCCGACGGAUGAAAAUUCUACUGAAUUUUUAGAACACUUACUUUACCAAGCAAAAUUUAAAGAAACUACACCAGAAACAGCUAUUCAAACCCAAACAGGUAGAGGAAAUCUUCCUCUAUCGACUUCAACUUUUUGUUUGGACUUAGACGUGCAAGGACAUUCAGUUUAUUUAUCAAGACCAUCAGCGACUUCAACAGAUUACGUAAGCGAUUUGGAAAGUCCAGAUGUGGCCCAAGUACCAAUUGUCCCAGCAGAUCGCUCUUCAGUAGGAUCAAUAUCAACAAAUCCGGGUUUACCGGAAAAAUCUCAAAGCACCGAAACCGAAAUCGCCUUAUGGCAAUCUUACAAAAGGCACGAGGAUGCUCUUUUGGCUCAACUUUUGGGCGCGGCUCGCCUAUCCUACGACCAAUGGGCCGAAACUGUGAAGCGUUUGUGCGAUGAAAUUGUUGAAACCAUUCGACCAGAGGAAUCUGAAGAUUUCGAAGAGACUCAAGAUAUUCGCCAAUACGUGCAAUUCAAGAAAGUUCCUGGAGGUGCCAAAAGUGAUUGCGAGAUUGUCAGCGGCGUUGCUUGCAGCAAAAAUGCUUCUCACCGGGAAAUGCGAUCGAGAAUUCGUGACCCCAAAAUUUUACUUCUGCAAUGCGCAAUUGUAUACCAACGAGUCGAAGGCAGAUUUUUUUCCUUGGAACCUGUUAUGAGACAAGAGAAUGAUUACAUCGCAAACGUGACGGCCAGAGUUCUGGCCCUUCAACCCGAUGUCGUCCUGGUCCAGAGGAGUGUUUCCCGUUUGGCGCAGGAAUUGUUACGUGCAGGAGGAGUCACCAUGGCACUCGGAGUGCGAGUUUCGGUUUUGGAAAGGGUUGCCAGAUGCACAGGAGCUGAUAUCGUCACUUCGGUUGAUACGCAUUUUGGACAACCGCGACUGGGGACUUGCUCCGAGUUUAGCAUACAGUGUUUCGAUGUUGGAAAAAGAACUUCAAAGUCCCUAAUGUUUUUUGAGAAUUGUGCGAAGCCUCAUCUAGGUUGCACAGUUUUAUUAAGAGGUGCUGAUAAAAGGGAGCUGGCCAGAUUAAAAAGUGUUAUGCAUUUAAUGCUGUUGGCACGUUACAAUUGGAAAUUGGAAUUGGCCUAUUUGCUGGACGAAAGGGCCAAACCUCCAGGGCCGAAGAGGAGCUUGUUUGAUACUAAGGAAAACUCACCGGAUGGCGAAGAAGAAGAUGACCAGACUAUUGAAGAAGAACUGGAUUUAGUCACUCUACGCAAACCUAACAAUGAAGUUAAAAGCCAAAAUAGUAAAUCAUCAAUCGGUGAAACCAAAAAUAAUUCCGUCACAGAAAAAAAUAUGACAAAAUCUUCGAAGAGCGAAUUGCAAUCCGAUGGGCAAAGUGUUUCAAAACCAACCAGUAAAAUUAAGAAUGUCUCUAACCACAACGAUGAUACUAAGACAUCUUCAUCAGACGACAAUAAAAUAGUCAACAAACGUGCCUCAAAUAAUAUCGGCGACUCGAUAACAAGCGGCAGCAACUUGCUGGUGGAACGUGUCAGCGAUUUUAGUGACCCUUUACGAAGUGCUAUGGAAGACGAUGAAGUUUUCGAAACUCGUGUCAGAAAAGAUAGUGUGCACACCAUGUCUGAGCAACAACCUUUUGAUAACAGGUUUCGUCUAGCCCUGUCACAUUCUGUGCUAUCAGUAAGUCCUUACUUGACAUUCCCUUUACCUUAUCUGGAAAGUGAAGCUGGUAGAAAAUGCAAUUUGCGAAAAUUGUUUCCUGUCGAAAUGUUUUAUUCUGAACAGUUUCACGAAGAAACGGCGACUAAGGAGCCGGAGACUCCUACUGAUGAUGAAGAUUGCAUGAAUAAUAUACAGUUGAACCCACCACAUCCUCUUCUAACCCACGACAUCGGUUCAUCGCUGAAAAACAGAGUCGAACUGGAGGCUCUGGUUGCCGAUUUUAGGGCAACCGGGGGCAGAUUGCCCUACGGCAUCCCUUAUCGUCAAAGGGACAAAGAUUCGAAGAGUUCUAACAAACAACAUUGUGGCAACAAUCAUAAAACAAAAUCGAAUACUCAAUUACGUAAUAAAGUGAUGGACGCUUUGCAUCCUGCAAAUCAUCAGAAGUUGUCUGUGUCGUUGUGCAUUCAUAGCAAACAUAGUUCGAAUUUUCCUGGAUUUUGUGUCAACCCGAGAAUUAUAAAUCUCCAGUUCUAUGGCAGAGACGAUAUAGCAUUAGGAAAUUUUCUAAACAAAUAUUGCUUCAAUUCGAGUUAUUUAUGUCCGAGUGGAAAUUGCAACACGCCUAUGAUGCAACAUAUCAGAAGAUACAUACACGACACAGGAUGUUUAGAAGUUUCUUUAGAACCCGUGGACAAAAGUUCUAAAACCAAGGAACAAAUUGUCUCCAAAAACAACAACGGAGACAUUUUCAUCUGGUCGUGGUGCAAGCAAUGCAAAAAAUCUACGCCGAUUGUUCCUAUGUCAAACGAAGCCAAAUUAAUAUCGUUUGGAAAAUAUUUGGAACUGCGAUUUCAUGGAAGUGCCUAUAGAUCUCAGAACGAUUGUGGGCAUUCUUUGCAUCAUGAUCAUAACCAGUAUUUUUUGUCUAAUGGUAUCAGAACUUGUAUCAAAUAUGUGAGUAUUAACCUUUGGGAAGUAUGUCUACCGCCUUUUAUAAUAUCAGUAGCAAAUGAGCCGACGACAGAACGAGCCGAGUUGAUUAAUGAAAUAAAAACAUUGUCUUUACAAGGACACGAGGUUUUCUCAGGAAUUAACGAUCGUCUGAAUUUAAUCAGCGGAGAAAGCGAUGAAAAAAGUCAAAGUUCCAAAUCUUUUGCAAUACGAGAAUUGGCUGUUUAUAAGGCUAGGGUUGAAGCUGUUCAAGUUUUAAUUGCAGAGAAAGCUCCCUGGACACAAGUUGCAGAUGCCAUAGUGUUGGUUAAAAGGGCAAUAAGUGAAGCUUGUGAGAGUUGGAAUGCAGCCCUUCAAGGAGGGGAAAGAAAUCCCACGAAGCAAUUUCCUAUUGAUGCUGGACAUACUACUGAUGAAGAUUUUGAUCAGGAAUCUUCAAGCAUUCUUCAUGAUAGUUCGUCUUUGAAAUUUAGUGACUCCGAAAUGUCGACACCUCAUAACACGCCUCAAUCGACUAGGAAGUUACUCGAAGUGGAACAAAAUGAAGGAAGUGAAUGCAGUACUCCUGAGAUGAGACACCACAAUCGUAUGCAAAGUGAUGGUCAAUCUGUCUUAGAUGACACUACAGAUUCAUCCGACAGAAAGUCUUUGAUGAGCAUGUUUAUGCACCUCAAAACAUCAUCAAAUAACUUAAUAGUGUCACAUAUCCAGAGUCCAAUACCAAUAAGUGAGCACUACCUGCUACCAAUUGGCACAAUACCAAUAGCUGUUCGAGAAAAUGAACCAGAAUCAAUUAUAGCAUAUGCUUUGAUGUCACCAGAUUAUGCAAAAUCUUUAGAAGACUCUAUCAAGAUGGAAGCUUACAUCAAAUCACAAGACAGUGCUGCGGAAUCUGACGAAAUUAACUCGGGCAAAGAAAAAACCGAAACCGACAAAGCUACCAAAAACAAGUAUCAGCAUAUUGAAGUCAACUUCCAGGAUUCUACAACAAAUUUUAUGUGUCGUGUAUACUUUGCGCAAGAUUUUGAGCGUCUGCGCGAACUAGUAUUACCCCAAGACAACCCUAGAAUCAGCUUGGCUAGAAGUUUAGCCAGAACCACCAAUUGGCAAGCCAGGGGCGGCAAAAGUGGAUCAAAAUUUAGCAAGACCCUAGAUGAUAGGUACGUCAUCAAGCAAAUGAGUCGCUUAGAGAUGCACAUUUUUUGCGAAUUCGCUCCACAUUAUUUUCUGUAUAUGGAAAGUUGUAUUUCGGCAGGCACUCCGACACUUUUGGGUAAAAUAGUGGGAGUUUAUAGAGUUAUUUAUAGGAAUGCCGCCAAUGGCGGCGCUCAACAUCAGAUGAGCGUUCUGGUUAUGGAGAAUUUGUUUUAUAAGCAGAAAAUUAGCAGAAGGUUUGAUUUGAAGGGUUCAGAGCGCAAUCGACUUGUGGAGAACGAUGGUGUUCUUGAUGACGAGGCUGUUUUGCUGGAUCAAAACUUCAUGAAAAUGUGCUGUGAUGAACCUUUGUACGCCCAUUGGCAUAGCCAUGCAAUUUUAAACGACACAGUUUUGAGGGACACAGAUUUUCUUUCCCAAAAUUGUGUCAUGGACUACAGUCUUCUGGUUGGGUUGAACCAGGAUAACAAUACUCUGGUUGUUGGCAUAAUAGAUUAUAUACGUACUUUUACAUGGGAUAAAAAAUUAGAAACAAUCGUUAAGAAAACUGUUACUUUAGGUCAACAAGGCAAAUUGCCGACAGUUCUAUCGCCUGAUGAAUAUAGAAAGAGAUUUUGUCAAGCUAUGGACAGAUAUUUCGUUUCCGUUCCAAGUCGCUGGGACAGCCUAGCCCGUCGUUUCCAAGACGAAAAUUCCAACAGUGAUAAAUAGUGAUAAAAUAAACUAAUAUAAAUAAUAUAUUAAAUAAAUUAUUUUAAUAAAUCAAUUAAUAUAUUACACACA